GGGCAGCUAGUCACUGGCCAGUCUGCCAGGUCUCUGUUUCCGGAAGUUAUGUAUACAUAGGUCACACAGUGCAUAGAUCUGCUGUAUACCCUAAGUCUCUGGAACGUUAGCAACGGGUAAUGAUAUGUUGGAAAGUGAACAAACGGUGCCAUACCGUCGCCUGGAAGCUGCUGCACAAAAGUUUGCAAAGGUGGUUAUUCCAACAGAUUUGGAAAGGUUGAGGAACCAUCAGAUAAAUAUUGAAAAGUAUCAAAGGUGUAGAUCAUGGGAACAGUUGCACAAGGAGCAUAUCAAUGCCAGACGUACGGUGCAGCAACUUCAGGCCAAUAUGCAAGAUAUGGAAACACUUUUUCUAAAGGUAAAGAAAGAAGAUAUCCAGGCCUUGUCCAAAGUACUGCAACCAGUAAAAGAUACGGCUUUGGCAUCAAUCAGGGAAUUUUUAGAGAUUCACUCAAAAUCAGUUGAAGAUUUACAUGAAAGAAAUGUCUUUGAUGUGCCAAAUAAUUUCGCAACCAAAGAGCCUUCUUGUGAAAAUAGUCCAUCAAUCCAAAUCGAUGCACAGUUCAUUGAAAUUCAGGAUCCAAAUGCCUCAGAAUCAUGGAAUACACUGGAAAAGGAUUUAUUGGACUUGAAUGAAAUUAUAAAUGAAUUUUCUCAUAUGGUACACGCUCAGCAGGAGAAGAUUGACAGCAUUGAAGACCAUGUCAACACUGCUGCUGUGAAUGUUGAAGAGGGAACCAAGAACCUGGGGAAGGCAUUAAAAUACAAGCUGUCACUGCUUCCUGCAGCAGGUGCACUCAUUGGUGGAAUAGUUGGGGGGCCUAUUGGCUUGAUGGUAGGAUUUAAAGCAGCUGGAAUUGCAACUGCAAUUGGUGGUGGACUUCUAGGCUUCACAGGAGGAAAAGUUUUACAAAGAAAAAAAGACAUUGGAAGAGAGAAUCUAUCUAGUAUAGAAUACCAUCCACAGGAAGAAAAUAAAUCAACAUGAAACAUUUAUGUAUAUUAAUUUAAAAGGAACCGGUCACCUCCAAAACACAUUUUAAACUGACAUCAUUAACUUGCAGUAGCCCCCGGCACAUGCGCAGAGAGGAAAGUGGCCUGCUGAGUGCGGGAGCCAGAGACGGGAUCGCGCAAUGACAAGGAGCUUGACUUAAAGCAAGGAAGCCGCUGCCCCCUUGACUUCGAGCUGACUCUGAGGAUAGCGAAAACACAGAUUAAAACUGCGUUUUUAUAAAGUAUAUAACAACCCGUGAUAGAAUGCAAAACAUGAUUAGGAACACAUUGGGGGCUACUGUAAGGUAAUGAUGUCGAUUUUUAAAUGUGUUUUGGAGGUGACAGGUUCCCUUUAAAGCUUCAUAAUAGGUUUAAUCAGAAUAUUUGUAAAUAAGACUGAUUCUGUAUGUGUUUGUGAUGUUUUGUAUAACAUUUGUCUUUUUAUUUAGCAAAUAACAUUUUCAGACAAAUUUUGAACAUUCAUAGUAAGAUGUGAAACAUAUUUCAUCUACACAUAUAUAAUAUUAUUCAAAUGUUUCAACUCUUAAAUGCUGAAUUGUUAAAUAAUAAAGAACACUGACUUUUAACAUGCUCCAUAGGGUUGUGACCUGCAUAUGAUAGUGGCUCUGGCUUAAAUCGCUGAGCUCUGCUGCAGUAAAAAAGUUAAGGACUGCACUGUCACCACAGUGCAAUCUGCAAGUGGCAUGUUAUA